AGUGGAACUUGAGUGGGGGCUCCAGCACUUUUGUUCUCGGUACUACUCGAUCCAGCGCCCGGUGCCUCUGGCAGGAGUCAAGAGGUGUUAGUGUUAGAUCAGUGGUUAAGCUCUGAGCUCCCACGUGGGCCGGCUUGGCCUCAGCUUACUUGGUUGGACCCGCUUUCUGGUACAUUUUAGCUUGAGUGGUUGUUCCAAUGUUUACACAAGGGUUGAUUUAUAUACAUUUGUUACCAGCGCAGAGAAACUGUCCUCUUCUGCAAGAUGUACAGAACCAAAGUGGGCUUGAAGGAUCGCCAGCAGCUCUACAAGCUGAUCAUUAGCCAGCUGCUCUAUGACGGCUAUAUCAGCAUUGCCAACGGCCUCAUCAAUGAAAUCAAGCCCCAGUCGGUGUGUGCACCCUCAGAGCAGCUCUUGCAUCUCAUCAAGCUAGGGAUGGAGAACGAUGACACUGCAGUUCAGUAUGCGAUUGGUCGUUCCGACACAGUUGCCCCUGGCACAGGGAUUGACCUGGAGUUUGAUGCUGAUGUCCAGACAAUGUCCCCUGAGGCUUCUGAGUAUGAAACAUGCUAUGUCACGUCGCACAAAGGCCCAUGCCGUGUGGCUACUUACAGCAGAGAUGGGCAGUUAAUAGCCACAGGAUCUGCUGAUGCUUCUAUAAAGAUACUUGACACAGAAAGAAUGUUGGCCAAAAGUGCCAUGCCGAUUGAGGUCAUGAUGAAUGAGACUGCACAGCAGAACAUGGAGAACCACCCAGUGAUUCGAACUCUUUAUGACCACGUGGAUGAAGUCACGUGUCUCGCUUUCCACCCAACAGAACAGAUCCUGGCCUCUGGCUCAAGGGAUUAUACACUUAAAUUGUUUGAUUAUUCCAAACCAUCUGCAAAAAGAGCCUUCAAAUACAUUCAGGAAGCUGAAAUGCUCCGCUCCAUCUCGUUUCACCCUUCUGGAGACUUCAUCUUGGUUGGAACGCAGCACCCUACACUCCGCCUCUAUGAUAUCAACACCUUCCAGUGCUUUGUCUCUUGCAAUCCUCAAGACCAACACACCGAUGCCCUAUGUUCCGUCAGUUACAAUCCUAGUGCCAAUAUGUACGUAACUGGUAGCAAGGACGGCUGCAUCAAAUUAUGGGAUGGUGUUUCAAACCGCUGCAUCACAACCUUCGAGAAAGCCCAUGACGGCGCCGAGGUCUGUUCCGCCAUCUUUUCCAAGAAUUCUAAGUACAUUCUUUCAAGUGGAAAAGACUCUGUAGCUAAACUUUGGGAAAUAUCAACAGGACGGACGCUGGUCAGAUACACAGGUGCGGGCCUGAGCGGACGGCAGGUGCACCGGACACAGGCUGUGUUCAACCACACUGAGGACUAUAUUUUGCUGCCCGAUGAAAGGACCAUCAGCCUCUGUUGCUGGGACUCUCGGACAGCCGAGCGCAGGAACCUGCUGUCCCUAGGCCACAACAAUAUCGUGCGCUGCAUCGUGCACUCCCCCACCAACCCUGGCUUCAUGACGUGCAGCGAUGACUUCCGAGCAAGGUUCUGGUACCGGAGGUCCACCACUGACUGAGCCGCCCUAACUCGUCACACAGGAGUCUUCUCAAGGACUCUGCUCUCCUCGUGUCCUGCCACUGACUGCAGUAGUGAUCAUACCAUCGGCAAGCUGCAGGAUUUGUGUACGGAAGCUCUUUUUUUACCUUGAUGUAGAAUCAUGGUGGGAAAAGUUGGAAACAGAUCUGUCUGUGCGUUCGCCCCAUGCACACUGUCACUGUGAUUUCCACUGGCUUUGUAAGUAUGGGGCUUGCCAUGUCUUUGACUCUUGGUCCUUGAGGAAGGAUGGAGCAUUAGAGUGCUUUGUAGGUCCGGGGGGUCUAUCACAAGGAUGUCCAUUUGGCUCUUUUGUCACCUCGAGCCUGUCCUGCCCUCUGUGUUUCCUUUCCAGAUUGCAUUUGUCACAUGGUGGCUCUGAAAACCUAGGGGUUUGUGCCAUAUGGAAUCACUUUGGAGAGUCUCCCAAUUCUGUCCUUAAGAUGACAUCAUUCUGGAAUAAAGCUCAGAUCUGUACUUUCUCUGUUUUCUUCUUCCCAUCAGUAAAGGUGGCAGCCAGUUUGCCUAAGUGUCCCCAGGAUCCCUCUCUGCGAGUCCCACCUUCUGCAGAGGCUUCUCAGCACUAUCAGUGCUUAGCCUUAGUGCUAGUGAAUCCGCCUAAUAAGAUAGGAAUCAGGCAUAGUGGCUCCGCCUAGAAUCCCAGCAGUGGGAGGUGGAGGCAGGAGGAUCAGGAGUCAAGACCUGCCUUGGCUACAUAGCAAGUCUGAGGCCAGCCCUGAACUACACGAGA